AUGUCUUCAAACAGCAACAUCCCACUCGCGGCCUCCACCACCACCACCAUCGACACGGAAUGGAAAUCCACCAUCAGUUACGAUUCCGGACAAUAUACGGGUUGGAACCCUUCACCAUCGUCCACUCUCUCUCCAACUCCCACUCCCACUGCAUCACUCUCAGUCACGACAGUCACCCGAGUCACAACCAUCACAAUCACAGAUUCCCAAUCUUCUGCAAUCGCCACCACCACAGCCACCGAAACGACACCUUCGACGAUUAGCGAGAAUUAUAGUAGUAGUACUCCAUCAUCAUCAUUAUCUUUGACGAGUUCGAGAUGGACGGAAGUUCCAUCAACAUCAACAACAAGAAAUCCAACAGCAACAUCUACAACCUCGUCUACUACGUCAACAGCAACAUCCACCAAAUCCUCCGCAAGCCAAGCUACAAAUACUUUUCAAGGCCAACUCGCGGGAAUUAUCGCUGGGUCGAUUGCAGGGGCUGUGAUUCUUGGGUUGGCGGGUUUGGGACUCGUGGUUUUGGUGAAGAGGAGACGUAGGCAGAAAUUUCUGGCGGCGAAGGCAAGGGAGAAGGUUGAGGAGGGGGAGGGGGAGGGGGCUUGA